AUGUUCUUGCCAAGACUUUCAGGUAAGGCUAUGUUGCAAGCUUCAUUUCACUGGCCUCCUCUUAUUCCUUUACGUCUAGAUCUGAUUUUCAUAAUCUUAUUUGUUUUUCUAGGCUUAGUACUAGCGAUCUUGGCAUUCAUGAUUGGUAAGUAUGAUCAGUGUGCCCUCUCUUAAUUAACAAGUCUGUUUCUCUCAACCCACUUCAAUUCGACGAACCGUCCGAAAAGCUGAGGUUAUUGUAAUUACAUGUAAAGCGGAACGACGUAACUUUCGAUAACAUUCCUUGGUAAAUCUCUUACCAUAGCCAACAAAAGUACUAGAGAAAUUUCUCAGGUUUCCUUAAAUACUUUAAAAUAUUACCCGCAUAUAUACUGCUAUCAAUUUUAUGGGAAUGAAAAAUGAUACAUUUUUUAAAAUUUAGUAUCGCAUAUGUUUGGCCACAAAUCCUAGAUUGGUAAUUUUACAGAAAUAAAGGUAUGACUCUCAGAUCUAUUUAUUGUAAGGUGUCGAUUUGCGUUCAAAGUCGACAGUUCGUUCUUUGAACAGAUGAGAACUAAAACAUUAAUUAACAGGUACCACUAAUGUUUAUUCUUAUAAAUUGCCAGGUUCUACAAUCGCCAAUAUCGAAGUGGUGGACACAAACCCAGGUAUCGCAUAAAGGAUUGUUCUAUCAAAGUAACGGUGAUAAUUAAACGGAUGUCAAAGCUUGUAAAUUUGCCAUGGUUUAAUGGCCAUGGUUUAACGAGUUUAUACAAAAAAAAUAUUAAGGAGAUGUACCCCUUUGAUCGAGUUUACACCUUAUCAGCCCGAGAGGUCCUGGGACACAGCACGCUGUCCGGAAAAGGAAUUUUUUUGUAAUGAAAAUGAUCGAGUUUACAAACAGGAAAUAAUGAUUUUCUUGAAAUGAUUCUGUAUAUGUUAGUAGGAGCCGAUUACUGAUGUUAGAAAGUAGUAUAAGCUUAUUUUGAGCUUAUUGCCGUCAAGAAGUGUUAGGGGAGUUUGUAUGCAUCUCUCAUCUCUAGUAGACGUACGCAAAAGAAAUUUAUUAGCUAUAUCUUGGUUAUUUUUUCAUUCGCUCACUCAUCCCUUAAUAUUUGCCUACAGAUUUUAUUGGCUGUUACAAGGACGACAAAACAUUAGACGACAACUUUCACCUUAUCAAUGCUCGAGCUCUUGGAUACCAGGUUGAAAGAUAUGCAACGAAACAAGACUGUGUAGACCAGUGUGCUGCUAAGGGAUUCCUUUACGCUGGUCUUCAAAAUGGUGACCUCUGUUUCUGUGGAAACAAUUUUGAUAAAUAUGGACGUGCAGAUGACUCGGAAUGUGAUAUCAAAUGUAGAAAACCUGACGAAGUUAUCGAACACACUAACAAUCCCUUUGAUUCAUGUGGCGGUCGAUGGAGAAAUUCCGUGUACGCGGGUAGGUAAACGGUUAGCAUGCGUAGCACGCCUCCUUUUUUGGUGUGUUUUUUCCUGUUCGGUUCGUAAAGUAAGAGACAAAAACGCACGACUCUUUAGGUUGUACGGGAAAACGACGGCGUAGGGGACGAGGGGAAAGUUAAGGCAGAGUGAACCAUUCUCCCUGCCUUUUUCUCCUCCCCCCAUCCCCCAACAUUUUUUUCGUUUGACCUUUUACUUUACGAACACGAACGAAAAACACACCCGAGAAAAAAAACGCAGGUUGGUAAACGGUUAUCCUGCAAUAGACGGUACUACCUGCGAACUCCCUUUUUCUUAUUGAUUUAUUGGCUUAUCAGUACGCCAAGAGAGGGCACCACAAUACUUACCAGUAUGGGCUGGGUGGAUUCUCCUUCCCACACACACUGAAGAGCCUGAGGCACAGAAGUUUAUUAACCCUGUAAGUCCUAAUAGUGACCGACAUCAAUUUUCUCCUCAAAAUAUCCAUUCAUUGGCAAGAGAUAAGGUUAUGAGAAUUAAUAACAUGAUCACCAUAGAGAAAAUACCUUGAUCUUUUAUCAAGUUCUCUCAACUCAUUAUUUAAGGAAAUGUAUGGAGACCAGUUUGGAGAAUUUGUGAGUGGAUAUUGGGACUUAAAGGGUUAACUGCAUCGACUAAUGAUGCGAUCAUAUGAACUGAGACACGGUCUUGAGCACAGUUAGCCUACGAACCGCAGACGUAUUUCCGGUCGUAGGGAGAGAAGCGACGACCGGAAAUACGUCUGCGGUUGGCAGGCUACAACGCAGUCAGCGUGAUCUAGAUUUCAAUAGCUCUGUUUGGUGGUUCGAAAGGAAUUCAAAUCCUCCCGCUCUGCAAGGGCUCGUUGUUUGACUGUAUUCUGGAAUAAGAACAAUGAAAUAAACUCUAGAAAUCACUCACGAUUCGUUACAUCGUAACAUCUGCAAAUCUGGCGAAACGCAGUUUUCAGAUACAGCAGCCAGUAUUCCAUUGGUCCAAAAAUCUCGAUAAAAUAGACUUGUUACAAAAUUCAUAGACUGUUCACAGUCCUCUAUUUUUCCGUAAGAUCGUCGAGAUCGAGCGCUUUGCGUUACGGCCUUCCAUCUUGCACGACUGUGUCAAAACUACUUAGGGGGCGGGGGCGGUUUGGGAGGAAGCGAGGAAAAUUCCUAUUGGCCAGAACCUCUUUAGAACCUCUAAUUUGAUCGGUUCUUGUUGGCUCGAAGCUCUAUUGUUUCAGAGUUGGGGUUCAAGUUAGUUUUUUGGGGGUUAGGGCUAUCUAUUGUUUUCUAAACCAAUCCUGUGAGCCGUUCUUAGAGCUUCCGGCCCACCCCAUUCUCUACCUCUAUUUUUCUCGCCCCCCUCCCCCUAGAGAUAUAAUCCCCGACGCCCGCCCCCUAGGUACAUUUGAAAAUCAAGAUGGCCGCCAUUAACGCUAAGAUGCGCUAUAUCUCGACGAUCUCACGAAAAAAUAGGGGACUGUGAACAGUCUACAAAAUUUAUGGCGUAUUUGGGAAUGCGGCUAAUCGAACGCACCCAUUGUUAACGGCGUGGCGAUUUAUAGGUUGUUGCUUUUCAAAGCCUCUUAAUGCGGGCCCGUAUUGUAUGAUCGACGAUUUCGCAAAUUCGGAAGUGAUGGCGACGAACUGUAUCAAAGUAUCAUCUAGCGUAUAUUAAUUUGCUUUUUCCCUUUUAGUUACUGGAGUUCGAUCAGCAGAGCGCGAUGCUGCCAGAAAAUGGUGGCAGAUAUAAAAGUGAACAGGUAUAUCUAUAGUAAGACAUUAAGAGCCGUAGUGUCAAGACUAUUUGAAUUGGUAUAAUCGAUUUAAAGUUUAAAGUAAAACACAUUGCAAUCAAAGACGCUCUUUUCGCCAUCUUUUCUUCAAUUGAUGCUAACAGCUCUAGCCCGUAGUUCGAGGAGGCCUAACCUCUCAUAAGCUCCUAUAGUUUCUGUUAGGUCUCCUCGCCACUUUUUGCUAUAUUUUUGUAAUUUCUAUUAUUGUGUCGCAAGUAAAAUAAAAGAAAUAAAAUCGUAGGUGAAUUUCCAUAAGGAAAAACAAAAACCUGGGCAGGGGGUUGAAACCUCAUUCCAAGGACUUUCCCUUUUCUCACUCCUUCCGAAUGUCUAAGGAAGAAGCCUUGUAGAAAAGGUUGCAUGAUUAUAGUAAAUUACAGUAUAAUAUAUAGGUUUAUUCACGGCUAAAAGCGAAGCUCUCGAUAAUAUUUAUAGUUUGUUCAAACAAAAUAUAGAGGUGAUGUUACACGGGACGAUUCGCAACGACGAUUUUUACCGUAACACAGCGUUGCAUUGUUGUUUCGACAUUGUUUCAAAUGUUUGCAACAUUGUUCUAAUUUUGCAACGCUUCGUUGCGCUAAAAAUUGUCGUUGGGAAUCGUCCCGUGUAACAUCACCUUAAAAUCGUGUAAUUCUAAACGGCGAAGGCAACGCUGGAGAACGGUGAAAAACAACAAUAGGUCUAAUUAGCAAAAAUCAACUUUGCACGUGCAGCACACCUUUUUGUACAUUUCUUUGCCGUUGUUUUGCACGGCUACAACCUGAAUCUUCCAGAAACUUCUUAGUUACACGUUUUUUGGAGAAAGUGUCGUACGUGUGCUCGUUCACGUUUUUUUCACUGCCGCCCAUUUUCACCUUGCAUUGGUGGCCGCCAACAUUUCUCCUUUUGUCACCGCCGAUACAAAAUUUUCAUGUUCUUCCAUGAAAAAUGUCUCCUUUGUUUUUUACCUCUCGCUCUAGAUCUCUGUCGCCCUUUUUCUCGUUGAGCUUCGCUGCCCUGCCGCUUUUCUCUUUUUCUCUGUCUUUCUCUUGCUCUAUAUUCUAAAUUUAUGGACCUAAUCUAAGCUUAAUACUUUAGACAACACGGAUACAGAAACAAUUUCCGCUUUCCGUUUUCGUCUUUAUUGACUCUUUAGUUGUCUCUGCUUUACAAGACGCCGGUGGCUAUGCGGCGAUUUCCCGCCAAAAUAACCUGGAGUUGCAAUUGGGUUGCCAAACCUGUUGAUUGAGUUAUUUUACAUUGGUAUACCUGUGGUACGGACGAACGGUCGUUCGGGCGUACAGUCACGUGAUUACCAAAUUUUCUUGGAUGGGUAGAUUACUUCAUUUUCUUACCUAUGGGGCUCCGCUGCGCGUGCUUCGCGCGCGAGAGCUCCGCUAAUACUUCAAACUGCCUCUUGUUAGCCCCACCACUAAUAACACCUCCCCCCACCCCCAGCUAUUGGCCCACCUACUUGUAAACAAAAGAAAAAAAACGUGCGAUUGUAAGCCCCUUUCUAGAUUUACUGAAUUAUAUUCGAUUUAUUAUGACUGUUCAAAGCUUAAUUAAAAACCAGAAAGUAAAUGCAAAAAUUAUUUAAUCAGCACUGCUAUAGCUUGUUUCGAAGAGGUUUUUACUACGUCGGUAAUGAGCCCCUGGGUUAUAAGCCCUCCUAAAACCCCGUACGGAAAUGUAUAAGCCCAGGGUUGAUAAGCGCCAGUUAAUAUACGGUAAUAGGCCCUUUGCAGCUAGCCAUUCACGUUCGCACUGGGACAAGACAAACAAAAGACGUACAUAAUUUGAAAUAGUAAUUUUCUUUGUUUGUCUUGUCCUAAUGCGACUUUUGCUCUCCAACAUGGCGGUUUUGUACUACGUGAAUGGCUAGCUGCAAAGGGCCUAUUGUCUUAUGUAAAAUUCGCUUUCUUGAGUUCUAAAAUAGCUUAAAAUUAUACCGACUGCAGAGGUACAGACUCGACAACUGUUGGAUAUUUCAUAACUUCUUACUUACCUUUUACUGCAGGUUCAUCAAGUAAGGGACUAAAAUGAUGAAAUACUUAUGACGCAACGUCUACUUUCGACACAAAGAAAGACAAGAAGCCAAGUAGUUCACUUAGUCGAUAUAAAAGAGCAUUUAUUGCAUUUGUAACUUUCCUAAAUCCGCACCCUCAGGAAGCGGAUAGAGGUUCCAUAACUGGAGUUGGUUCUUAAAAGGGCUGCGUCACGGCUAGUUAGUUCAUUCAGCAAUGGAAGGGCUCCUGGUGCAUUUUGAUAAAAAUUAUUUCAAAUUAUUCCAAUUAGAAAUUACUUGUGAAUGGUAAAAUCACAGCUUUGGGUCAAACAAAUAUGUCUCCCAAGCAUUAUAUCAAACGUUACAAACCAUAAAAUGAACUUUGAAAAACUGUUCGGUUAA